AUGUUGCGUGUGAAAAUCCUACUGUUUGCGGUUUGUUUCCUGAUUGCGGCCGUGCAGGGUCAGCUACAGGUUCAAAAGUGCAAGAAAGGAGUGGUUCCGACCAAAAUCCAGAUUGACGGAUGCUCCAAGGUGCCCUGUACGAUUGUGAAUGGCGGUGUCCUGAAGUUUAGUGCGGAAUUUGUGAAUCCACACGACACCAAAUCGCUUACCGCCAAAGUGAUUCCCCGCGUCGCCGGGCUGGCUAUCGGGUACGAGCUACCGGAGGAGCAUCGUGAUGGAUGCAAAAAGCUUACGAACGCCCAGUGCCCGUUAAGGAGGAAUCAACGCGUCGAAGCCGCCGGUGAGGUCCCGGUGGAAUCACCGCUAUCAAACGUGAAAGUCAACAUCGAAUUCCAGCUACACUCGGAUGCCGGCAUUGCAGUUUGUUUCAAGAUCGAUGCCAAAGUGGUAAAAUGA